AUGACAACAUCCGAUGGGGUGAAGCAUGACCAAACGUCGGAAAUCCAAUGGCAAAGGAUUCACACCGGCCAAGAUGAGGAUAUGCGUGUUUAUGGAUUCGAGAAGAGCAGCUUGAAAAGCAUUCUGACUUACGUCUCUUAUGUGUUGAGCAUCGGUUGGGUCAGGCUAUUCUUCCACUGGUAUCCCCGGUUGCACCUCUACGCGACUCAUAACAAGUGUCCCUUGAAUCGUGCCACGAAAUUACUCGUAACCGAUAAUUAUCAAGGAAAGUACAAGUCCUACUUCGUGAAGGAAGUAAAAAGCAUUACCGCGAGGAACCUGAGCACGGAAGAACUGUUGAAAUUUUUCGACACCAAUGACGAACGUCUGGUCGAGAAGGUCAGACGGGAGAAGCUCAGGAUCAAUCUGGAGAACGGCACGCAAUGCGAGGUGUUCGAGUACAGGUGUUUCUGGUGCAAGAAACAGUGUUACGUAUGGGACAUCACGCAGAACACGUUCUCCAGAUUGGUGGGCCUGGACAAGUACACGUUGUGCUCGGAUCUUCACUUGAACAACAAUCAGGGUCUAUCGAAGGAGGAACAAUGCCUCAGACGGAUCGUUUACGGGAACAACGAGAUCAUUGUUCCCGUCCAAAGCAUCGGCGUGCUGUUGGUGCUGGAAGUUCUGAAUCCAUUCUACAUAUUCCAAGUGUUCACGCUGUGCGUGUGGCUCGCGGAUAACUACCUCUACUAUACCGGGGCGAUCAUAUGCAUGUCGUUGCUCGGUAUCACAAGUUCCAUAAUACAAACUCGUAAGAAUCAAACGAAUCUUCGCGGCACUGUCGCUCUGACGGAAACGGUCCGCGUGCACAGGAGUCCCACGGUAUCGGAGACCAUACCGAGCAGCGAGCUGGUGCCAGGCGACAUUAUUGAGUUGCCCAAACAUCAGGCCACCGUCAUAUGCGACGCGGUAUUGUUAACCGGCCAAUGUAUAUUAAACGAAUCCAUGCUGACUGGAGAGUCUGUACCGGUCACGAAAACUCCACUGCCAUCGCGUCACGUCCUUUACGAGCCGAAAGAGUGCUCGCAUCACACGAUAUACAGCGGCACCACCAUUAUCCAGACUAGAUGCUACGGGAACGGCCCAGUACUAGCGCGAGUCAUUCGAACGGGCUUUCAUACAAGCAAGGGUAGCCUGGUGGCGGCCAUUUUGUAUCCACCGCCGGCGGACUUCAAGUUCGACCAAGAUUCGUACAAAUUUAUCGGUAUUCUCGCGUUGAUCGCCACCUGUGGCUUUCUGUACACGAUCGUGAGCAAGGCUUCCAGAGGAAUCACGGUCGGCGACAUAGCCAUAAAGGCGUUAGACAUAAUAACCAUAGUGGUUCCUCCGGCGCUUCCAGCGGCGAUGACGGUAGGAAAACUGUACGCUCAGUCGCGACUGAAACAAGCACAAAUAUACUGCAUCAACAAUAGGGUUAUAAACGUCUCUGGUAGUAUAAACUGCGUCUGCUUUGAUAAGACGGGUACCUUGACCGAAGAUGGCUUGGAUAUGUGGGGAAUCGUACCCUGCGCGAACGCGGUUCUUGGUGAAUCUGAACGGACCGUUACAAAACUAAAGAAUCAUCCCCUCUUCGAGGGCAUGUUGGUUUGCCACAGUUUGACUUUAAUAGACGAUCAGCUCUGUGGUGAUCCUCUGGACGUGAAGAUGUUCGAGAGUACUGGAUGGAUAUUGGAGGAACCGGAUGUCAGUAAUUCGAACAAGUACGAUCUCGUGGCGCCGACGGUCGUAAAACCGGCAACGACUAACGCCGUCGCAGAUGGCGAUCCUAACGAGGUGUCAGAGAUCGGUAUAGUGCAGCAGUAUCAGUUCUCGAGCUCGCUACAACGAAUGUCCGUGAUAGUACGAACAUUAGGGUCCGACACUUACAAAGCAUACACAAAAGGAUCGCCUGAAAUGAUACUCAGUCUGAGCAAACCGGAAACAAUACCGAAAGACAUCAUGUUCAGCUUGAAACGGUACACGGAACAGGGUUAUCGCGUUAUAGCCAUGGGUCGUACAGAAUUCAUCGAGGACGCCGCCAAGAUAACGAAACUGUCCCGUGACGCGGUCGAGCAGAAUCUCGAGUUCUUGGGUCUGGUCAUCAUGGAGAACAGGCUGAAAGCGCCAACCAUACCGGUAAUCAAGGAGCUGAGGUCAGCGGACAUACACGUUCUGAUGAUCACUGGGGACAAUAUCCAAACAGCGGUGAGCGUUGCAAAAGAGUGCGGCAUUCUGUCGCCGCAGGAGACUGUGAUAGACGUGACCGUGGUCUCGAAAGAAAACAAACUGCAACCGGAGAUAUAUUUUAAUGCUCAACAAUUACCCCCUAAACUGAAUCUCCGGAACAAAAGGCUCAGGAUAACCGAGUUGCAGGAUAUAGAAGAGAACGUAGGGGACAGUAAUUAUCGGUUCGCGUUGACGGGUCAGUCGUGGCAGUUGCUGCGCGAGCAUUAUCCGGAGAUCGUGCCGAAGAUUUGCGUUCGCGGUGCAAUAUUCGCCAGGAUGACUAGCGAUCAGAAGCAACAAUUAGUGCUGGAACUGAUGCAACUCGGUUAUUACGUCGCCAUGUGCGGAGACGGUGCUAAUGACUGCGGUGCUCUGCGAGCGGCGCACGCGGGCGUAUCGUUAUCCGAGGCAGAAUCUAGUGUUGCUAGUCCGUUUACAUCAAAGGUACCUGACAUUACUUGCGUUCCAAAGGUAAUAAGGGAAGGUCGUGCCGCCUUGGUGACAUCGUUCGGGAUCUUCAAGUUCAUGGUCACAUACUCGCUCACGGAGUUUCUGACCGUGAUAAUUCUCUACUCGAUCGACUCGAACCUGACGGAUCUCGAGUUUCUCUUUAUCGACAUUUGCCUGGUGGUAAACUUCGCCUCGUUCUUCGGAAAAACACGGGCGUACGAGAAGAGACUGGUGAAAAAGCCGCCGAUGACCAGUCUCUUGAGUUUCACCACGAUCUUCUCCUUGGCCGUGAACAUGUUAAUAAUGACCGUGUUUCAAGCGGUCGCCUAUCACACGGUGCGUAAUUUUCCGUGGUUCACACCGUUCCAUCAUACAGGAAGCAAAUCGUACAAGUGCUACGAGAACUAUUCCGUCUAUUGUGUCUCGAUGUUCCAAUACAUAACCAUGGCGGUGAUGUUCUCUCGAGGGAAACCGUACCGAAAGGCUGUUUACACGAACGUCACCUUCAUAGUUUCCAUUAUUUUAAUGACACUCGUCUGCGCGUACAUCACCCUCUAUCCAGCGGAUUGGAUAGUGAAUUUGCUCGAGUUACUCGUACCGCCGGUUUACAACUGGAGGAUCAUCAUUCUGGGACUUGCGUUUGUGAACUUUGUUGUCUGCAUAUUCGUCGAAACAUUCCUGAUGGAGUAUAUGAUCGAGAUGAAGUUCAAGUCGAAGAUUUACAGGCCAGAGAAGUCGCGAAAGGAGUAUCUAAGAAUACAGCACGAACUGCAACACGACUCGAGCUGGCCGAAACUUAACAAAGAAUUGCCCGUUUUGCCGCUCACGCCGAGCGUGGAGAACAUCGUUAACGUGACGUACACGGAGGAACGACCAUACGGGAACGAAAACGAGAAUAGUAUCAAUGGUAAAUCACGGCAUGAAAUUACAGGGUCGAAGAAGGGAACUAAAGCAUUGUACGCGUUCGACAAUCACACGUUUGUGGAUGAUGAAUUGCCGCGGAACGCAAACAUGAUGACUAGAUUUUAAGAUAGGACUUUCGAAAACUUGAGGAUUUAUCAAUGUAGAGAAGUCUUAACUGUGGGUGAAUAAGUUUCGUUCAAGUUAAGACUUUCAGCGUGUCGAAACCGACGAACAAGGAAACGAUUGUAUCAGUAUUUGUAUAUAAGUAUUAUCGCAAUACUGCUGGAAACGCUGAAAAUCUUCACAGCAAAAUGAUGCAAAACGAACGUAUUACUUUCACGAUCCUGACGAUUGCACUCUGCUAGAAAGUUGUUCUGUGACAUUUUCUCGAUGCAAGAAUUUAUUAAUUUAUUGACGAGGCGAGAUAUUCCUGGGUACUUGAAAUGAGAUACACG